GAAAUUACAGAGGAGGCUGAAUUCGAUGAACAACUACGGGAAGCCGGUGACAAAUUAGUCGUUGUAAACUUUCAUGCCACUUGGUGUCGAUUGAGCAUAAAGAUGAGACGAGUUUUGGAAGAAACAGCCAAAUUAUAUAAUGCGUCAGAGCUCGUCGUGCUUAUGGUUGAUAUUGACGGAUUCCAAGAAUUAGGUGGACAAUACGGAAUCAAAUUAUUACCGACGUUUAUUCUCUUCAGGAACACUAAAUGGAUUAAGUUUAUUGUUGGGGAUAAAACAAAAGUGCUUAACGAAUCCAUCCGUUUAAACAUUAAUCGCGUUAAUAGCAAGAAGGACGAUGAACGUGUUGAAUUGAGCACUGAAAACUCACAGAGUUCAUUGGAUAAUGUUACCAAGGUGGACGAUGAAAGCGUCGAAUCGAGCACUCAAAACUCCAACAAUUCACAGAUUCUUAAUAUGGUUAUUGCUCUUUAAAAAAUCGAAAUCACGAAACAACAAUGGCUAGAAAUACAACCAACGAUAAAAAUUACUGACUAAAUUUUUUCAUCGUGUUUUAAUGUUAUUGUUUACAUAGAAGCGCAAAUAAACAAUAUUUGAAUAAACUAUUUAAAAAUUGCA